AUGUACUCGAAACUCAUCAAUGUCGUACUCGUCUUCGCUGCUACUUUCGCUGCGACGGGCGCAGUCCCUAGGGACAAUGUCAAGAAAUCUCAGCAUAUUAAGGCCCGGGCCUCUUCCACUGGCUCAACCACUCAAGUUUCGUGCAACGGCUACAAGCCUUGGAUGGCCAACACUGUAUACAGCGAUGGCUCCCAGGUGAUUUAUAACAAUCAACUGUGGACCGCUAAACAGACUCCCAGUGGCUCUCCCGAGUCUUCCGAUGGGUGGACUCAGUACGGGUAUUGCUACCCACUCUAUAGCAAAGAGGUGUAUUGCAAUUAUGUUCCUCAGUGGAACAAGGACACUGCUUACUCUGGGGGCUCCUGGGUGAUUUACAAUGGUCACCUCUGGAUCUGUAUCAAGUCUGCGCAGAGUUAUAACCCUAGCAGCUAUGCCGAUUACUGGAAGGAUUUGGGUGCUUGCUACUCAUACUAA